AGGAGAUGACGCAAUAUCUGUCGGACCACACAGACGAAUACAAUAGCACGGACCACUUUCUCAAGGACGGCAGCGACGGCGAGUUGAUGGUCACUGGGUGGAUUGCUGGUGAGGUGCUCAGUCGGGCUGUUAGCGUCCCUGAGGUGCUUGAAAACAACACGAAAUUUCAGAGGUCUCUCUUCGACCAGCGCCGGUAUAAGAUCGAUGAUCUUGUGAUUGGUGACUUCGGGGAUGAUUGCAGCGAUAUUGCCGAUUCGAACGGUGUCGUCUGUCGCUGCAACCAGGGUGGGCGUGCAGUCUAUGUUAAGCAUUUUGUGGAGGACUAUGCUGUGGAGCGUAUUAUUGAUGGAACACUACUGCUCGACCCGAUGGAAUGUUACGCUAAGAGUUUAGUGAUGUUGUCUCCGUUCGGCUUAAUUAUGAUGGUUAUGACUGACCGGCAUGACGCUGUGAGGGCAAUGGAGGACAUAACGUACGGUACCACAGCCGCUAUUGGCAAUCAACUAAUCUUGGGAAGUUUUCAUUUUAUGUCGGCCAGAGCGAUAAAUACCCCGGUGUCAGAUGCCAGUGCUGCCCUGACCAAAGAGCUUGAAGUGCGAUAUGUUGACUGUGUGGUUGGAGUUCUCCCCAAAUAUCUGCUGAACACGAAAGGUAUCACAUUCAUUGACCCGGUGCCUCUCCAGUCGCAUGUUAAUCGGUUUCGCCGGCGCGAGAUUCACCUGUCACCGACGCUGGAGCAGGAGUUCUUUGUGGUUGCGCAGUACCUCGGCAACACUACUGUCGCCAACGCCCACGCUGUGAUCCGCAGCGACGGGGCUGCUGCUGUUGCUGAUGUGCUACGGCGGUCGCUUGUGACGUUUAAUGGGUCGCUGCUGUCGUCCGCGCUGCUGGGUGGCGGUGACGCGCUGGAGAGCCACCUGCCUCGCGAUGGCGAUGUGUUCGUCGUGGGCCUCGCUGCUGCCGAUGUCGCUGUGGUCGCGGGUCACCUGGCGAAGCACAGCGGUGUGCGUGUGUUUGUGCUGUUCACGGAGUUCUCGUUGCUGUACGGUGAGUUUGUUGCUGCGUUCAAUGGGAGUGCGGCUGCUGGGCGCCUUGUGUUCGCGACGAGCCUGCCGCACUGGGCAGACGAGAGCACGACGUCUGAGACGGUGCAGAAGUUCCACGCUGCUGUGGAGGAGAAGACGAAGUGGACUCCGCUGGCGCUGAGGAGCUUCGCCACUGUAAGUCUGAUGCGCUCAGUUGCUGCCCGAAUGGACAAGGUUGGUGCAAAGCAUCUGGCUGACUUUUUCUACACCAAUGUCAUGGUGACUGUGGAUGACAUGCACUACGGAUCUUUUUUUGAUAAUGUGGAUUGUGGGGAUGAGGCACCUACUGAGCACUGUGGUUCUAACUACGGAGAUCCCACGCUGCUCGUAUGGUCAAUGGCGCGUGCACUCGACCCCACAGUGCCCGCAAUCCUACAGCCAACUUCACAAGUAAUUUUCUACGUCGAAGGUAUGGAAGCCACAACACAGACCAACUGGAAGUAUAUGAUUGGUGCUGCUUCUGUUGGUACUGCUUUGUUCGCCUUGGCUGUUAUAAUUGUUGUAAUACUUUGCUGUGGAAGUUGGAGAGACGCCCGUGACAACAACAACGCCCCGAAGGAGCCCACAGACCCCGUGACGCUUGUGUUCACUGACAUCGAGAGCAGCACUGCG